AUGCCUGCCUCCGAUAAAGAUAACGACGUUCAUGCCCACAUCGAACUCCCUUCGGGUGAUGAACAGCCAUCUCCGCGUGCAGAUGGCGACUCCAGCCCUGGCCUCAGGAAUAGCAAGGGCUGGGAUGGCAAGCUUCGCGUCCCAAAGUCGCUGUCUUUGGCAAACCCUGAAGCCAUGACCGACUCCGAGUACUCUGACGAAGAGAACGUUAUGAAGGGAGAGAAGAUUGACGCUGAUGAGGACCUUCUCGACGAUGAAGACCCCGAGACUGACGAAAUUAUGUGUUCUCACUCUCGCAUCGCCUCAAUUUCCUCCCUGCGUCUCGAGCGCUUCAAGCAAGUUUCACGCAUUUGCCUCCGCCAGAACAGUAUCGAGCAGAUCGAUGGUCUUUCCGCCCUUGCUGAAACCCUCGAAGACCUCGAUCUUUACGACAACCUCAUUUCUCACACCCGCGGCUUGGAGGAUUUGACGAACAUUACGAGCCUCGACCUAAGUUUCAACAAGAUCAAGCAUGUCAAGCAUAUCAACCAUCUGACGAAACUCAAGGAGCUAUACCUUGUCGCCAACAAGAUCAGUAAAAUCGAGGGGUUGGAGGGACUCGACAAGUUGACGUCUCUUGAGCUCGGAUCGAACCGUAUUCGCGAAAUCAAGAACCUCGAUUCUCUUAAGGCGAUCGAAGAGCUCUGGCUAGCAAAGAACAAAAUCACUGAGCUCACUGGUCUCGGUGGCAUGCCUAAUCUGCGCCUCCUCAGUAUUCAGUCCAACCGUAUAAGCGAUCUGUCACCACUCAAGGAUGUCCCUACGCUUGAGGAACUUUACAUCUCACACAAUAUGCUGGAGUCACUCGAGGGUCUAGAACACAACCCCAGGCUCCAUGUUCUGGACAUUUCGAAUAAUAAGAUCACCAGUAUCAAGGGUCUUGAGUUGCUCUCGGAGCUGGAGGAGUUGUGGGCCAGCUACAACCUUAUCAGCGAUUACAAGGAGGUUGCCAAGUACCUCUCCGACAAGAAGUGCUUGACAACGGUGUACUUUGAGGGGAACCCGCUGCAACUGCAGGAGCCGGUGGCAUAUAGGAACAGGAUCCGAUUAACAUUACCUCAAGUCAAACAAAUUGAUGCCACUUUUGUGAGAACAUAA